AUGACCAUCCGCAAUCUGAGCAAUGGGGACACCUCCCACCACAAGUCAUCAUCUAUCACAUCAACAGAUGUUUUGAUCAUCGGAACUGGGCCAGCUGGUGCAUCCUUGGCCUGCUUCCUAGCAUCUUAUGGUAUCCGUGGUAUAAUGGUCAGCGCUUCUCCAACAAAUGCCGAUACCCCACGAGCACAUAUCACAAACAUGGCGGCCAUGGAGUGUCUCCGAGACAUCGGCCUCGAUAUCGAGUGUAAUCGACUAGCGACCAAUGGCAUGAAUAUGAUGCAUACACGGUGGGCAUACAGCAUGGCUGGAGAGGAGUUUGCGCGGAUUCACUCCUGGGGCCACGACCCCAAACGCAAGGGUGACUACGAAACGGCCAGUCCCUGCGAUCCCGUGGAUCUCCCCCAAACUCUGCUCGAACCCAUCCUAGUAAGAUACGCCACAUUGAACGGCUUCAGCUGUCGUUUCGAUACAACAUUCGUCGGUUUCACACAAGACGACGAAGGAACCACAUCUACGCUCCGCGACAAUAUCUCUGGAUUCGAGUACCAGAUCCACUCGAAAUACCUCUUUGGUGCUGAUGGUGCGCGGAGUGAAGUCUUCCGUCAGCUGGAGCUUCCACUUGACGUGCGCCCAGACCAAGGAGUCGCUUAUAAUGUUCAUUUGAAGGCGGACUUGUCAAGCUACAUGCAAUACCGUACUGGAAAUCUUCAUUGGUUGCUGCAGCCCGACAAGGAGCACCCCCUAUUUGGCUGGGCGUGUAUCGCUCGUAUGGUGAAGCCGUGGGAUGAAUGGCUAUUUAUUGUGCUCCCGGAACGAGGAAAGGAGCUUGACUUUGAACCUACUCAUGAGCAAUGGCUUGGUCGUAUGAAGGAGUUCAUUGGUGAUGACUCGAUAGACACAGAAAUCUUGGGUGUUUCCAAAUGGCGCAUCAAUGAUGUUGUGGCGGAAGAGUUCUCUAAGGGUCGAGUAUUCUGUCUUGGCGACGCGGUACAUCGACACCCUCCAUCAAAUGGUCUUGGAUCCAACACAUGUAUCCAGGAUGCAUACAACUUAGCAUGGAAAGUUGCCUAUGUGCUAAAAGGCCAAGCAUCUCCUUCGAUUCUGGAAACAUAUACUACCGAGCGCCAGCCCGUCGGGCGGGGUGUUGUUACACGAGCAAACUCUUCGUUCCGUCACCACGGACCCGUCUGGGAGGCUCUCGGUGUUGCACUACCAACUUCAGACUUACGACUCGAGGCCCUGAACGAGCUGACCGAUCCUACACUGAAAGGUCGCGCUCGUCGCGCUGCCCUUCAAGCCGCAAUUGAAGAGACAGAGCAUGAAUACCACGCACUCGGAACAGAGAUGGGCCAAUUCUACCAAAGUACCGCCGUCUACACUGCGGACGAAGCUGCCUCAUUUUAUUCCCCAGAAGUUGUUGCCCAGGAUCUUGAUCUCACCUUGAUCCGAGGGACAUACCCUGGAUGCCGAUUGCCUCAUGUCUGGCUGAACAAUGCAGUGCCCAUUCAACGCAUCUCCACCGUUGAUUUGGCCGGGGGUGGCUCUUAUGCACUUCUGACCGGUAUCGGGGGCGAGGCUUGGAAGGGGGCAGCUUCACAAAUUGAAAAGGAGCUCGGGGUUUCCGUCAAGGCUUAUUCUAUUGGUUUUCGGCAAGACUUCGAGGAUGUUUACUUCGAUUGGGCGCGGGUUCGCAGUGUGGAUGAGGAUGGGUGUGUGCUUGUUCGUCCCGAUCGGCACGUUGCGUGGAGGUGUGAUCAGGUGCUUGGCGACGACGGGCAAUGCGCUACUAAAUUGCGGCAGGUUAUGUUGAGCAUUCUUGGUCGCUCUUGA